AUGAAAUCCUUUCUGAUACUGCUCGGGUGCGCUGUCUGUGUCAUCGGCCGACCGGAGCCGGAACCACCACGCGGUCGGAUCGUGACGCCGGCGAAGCAGCAACAACUGCCCCAGUACGAGUACGGGGCGCCCAAGCCCGAGUAUGGUCCGCCGGCCGAAGAGUACGGUCCUCCGCCACCGACCGUCUACGGGCCACCGCCGGCCCAAGAGUACGGGCCACCGCCGAAACUGAUCACCAAGAACGUCUACGUGCACGUGCCGCCCGAGGAACCGACCGAGAUCAUCCGCAGCCCCGCGCUGCAGGCCCCGAUCCCGAAGAAGCACUACAAGAUCAUCUUCAUCAAGGCACCGGCCCCGCCCGCCCCGCUCAGGCAGGUGGUGCCCCCGCAGCCGCAGGACGAGCACAAGACGCUCGUGUACGUGCUCGUGCGGAAACCGGAAGACCCGGUUCCGCUGGAGAUCCCGGUCCAGGAAACCACCGAGCCCAACAAGCCGGAAGUUUACUUCAUCAAGUACAAGCAGAACGAAAAGGAACCACCGAAGCAGUACGGCCCACCGGCGCCCGCCCCCAGCUACGGGCCACCGUCCGGUCCCGCCCGGUACCAGAAGUUCUAGGACACUCCGGACACUAGGCUUUUUUUGUGUGUGUUUCGUGUAGAUGCGUGUGUGCGUAUGUGUGUGCUUGAGCCU